CGACAGAUGUCUAGAGAACUGUGGGGAGGCACUCCUCGGUUCCCUACACAGUCCCACACUGCACCUCGGAGGCAGGGGCGGAAUCCGCAGCUGUCACUCCAAAGGUUUACCUCCAUUAGCGCAUCCAACCGGAGCCUGGAGAAGAAGCCCAAGUGAUCCCUCUCGAGAAAUACAGGAGACAUCAUGGGAAACAAACUGAGCAGGAAGAGGAAAGGAUACGAUGUGAGCGAUCCAAAAGAGCUGAAGGACGGGACCCCUGCGACUGCUGGUGGUGCGGAAGAGUCAGCUAAAGUGGAGGACGGAGCCUCGCCCGCAGAAGCUAGUGUGACCACUGAGGCAGGCAAUGUGAUAGAGGAAGCUGUGGGGUCAGCUGUGGCAGCAGUAACUGAAGCCGUGCAAGCUCCAGAAGAGCCCAAGUCUGCACCUCCAGAGGAACCAGCUGCAGAGAAACCUGCUGCUGCAGCUCCAGAAGAGCCCAAGUCUGCACCACCAGAGGAACCAGCUGCAGAGAAACCUGCUGCUGCAGCUCCAGAAGAGCCCAAGUCUGCACCACCAGAGGAACCUGCUGCUGCAGCUCCAGAAGUGCCCAAGUGUGCACCACCAGAGGAACCAGCUGCAGAGGAAUCUGCUGCCGCAGCUCGAGAGGAACCAGCUGCUGCAGAGGUACCAGCUCCUGCAGCUCCAGAGGAACUAGCUCCUGCACCUCCAGAGGAACCACCUUCUGCACCUCUGAAGGUAUCAGCUCCUUUAGCUCCAGAGGCAUCAGCUCCUUUAGCUCCAGAGGAACCAGCUGCUGCAGCUCCAGAGGAACCAGCUGCUGCAGCUCCAGAGGAACCAGCUGCUGCAGCUCCAGAGGAACCAGCUCCUGCAGCACCAGAGGUACCAGCUCCUGCAGCUCCAGAGGAGGCAGCUCCUGCUGUAGAAAAAAAAGCUCCUGCAGAAGAGAAGGCAGCUCCAGUGGCACAAGAACAAGCGCCUGCAGUAGAAGAAGAAAUUCUUGCCGAAGAGAAGGCAGCUGCAGUUACACAAGAACUAGCUGCACCAGUAGAGGAACCAGCUCUACCAGCAGGGAAACCAGCUGCAGCAGUGGAAGAACCUGUUAUGGCAACAGAGGAACCAGCUGCAGUAGCAAUGAAGUCAGCAUCAGUUGUAGAGGAACAGGCCGCAGUAGAGCUCCCAGAAGAGCUUCCAGUAGAGCUCCCAGAGGUUACAACAGCAGUAGCAGGAGAAGAACCUGAGGCCAUUAAGGUUGAGUGUGAAGCUGCACCUGAAGAGGUCAUUGUAGAAGCUGUACAAAUUGUUCCAGAGCCAGAGGCGGUUCCUGUCAGCACAGUGGAAGCACUCAAGCCAGAGACAAUCCCAGAGACUGUUACUGAGCGAGAAGCCACUUCGGAGGCGACAAUGGUCCCCGCGGCUGUCCUGGAAUCUGAGCCAAUGGCUGAGCAAGCUGCAGAGCCAGUGCUGGAGCAAGCCCCAGAACCAGAGCCGGCAGCAGAGCUUGAGUCAGAGCCACGACAAGAAUCAGUAGAAGCGUCCGAGCCCGAAUGUGAAGCAGAAGCACCAGAGCCGGAGCUUGAACAAUUACCAGAGCCAGAACCAGAGCAAGUACUACAGCCAGAGCCUGACCAGGUGGCCGAUGCAAUAGAAUCUGCAGCAGAUGAACAUGUAGGAGAAUUUGCACCAGAACCAAUCAAGGUAACUGAGGUUACUGAAGUUGAGAAUGUGGAAGCAGAAGCAGUUGAGCUUGUGGCCACUGAUUAUCAGCCUGCAGAAGACCAAUCAGUACCAGAGGCAGCAUCUGAGCCAGAAGCAGCAGAACCUGUCCCUCAGAUAGUCAUCUCAGAGUCCGUCUCUGCCACCGAAAUUACUGCUGAGUAUGAAGAGGUAGCUGAGGCCCCCGUGGAAGAGGCGUCUCUCCCGGAGCCCGAGGUAGUAAACAAGAUGGAGAACGGAGAUAUAAAGAGCCCUUCUGGUACUGAGGAUGUGGUGGAAGUAGAUGCACGUCCAGCUGUGAAUGGAGAGUGCACACAUUCAUCCGUCCCACAGAUAGAGGAAUGUGUUAACGGUAAUGAAAAGUCCGACGAGAUGCCUAUCAAGAUGCAGAGUGACUCUGAACUGAAAAAGGAGGCAAACCUGAGUGGGGAUGUCCGCGAUGUUCCCGACGCAGUCUCUGACAUGGCGGACGGUCUCAGCACUGAGAUCACCCAGGCAGUCUGAAAAAAGAAGCCAUCUUUCAAAUCAAUGUGAAUUCAGUUUAAUCCUCUGAUGGUGCGAGAAAGCCAUCAAGGUAUCACAAACACAGCUAGGCUUUCUGGAAUGCUCCAACCACUGCAACCUCUAUAGUGGUAACUGAGGCAAAAGGAAGUUUUCUUUCGAGAAACCAAAAAUGAAACGUAACCACUUCAGGAUAGCAGGAGACAGGGAGCGAGGGAAAGAGGAAGAAAGGUGCAGAGAGGAUGAAUUUGGAAUUGGAGGUUGAGUGCAGACAGAGUGUGAAACUGAGCAGCGGAGCAAAACUAUUGGGCAGUAAAUAUGAUAUUAAUGAAUGGAAGGAAUAAAUUUGUCUUUGUGUGAACGCCCGAGGAAUGUUGCAGAGUGGUUUUACAGGAACAGCUUUCAUUAUUAGUAUAUUAUCUGAUUUAGAAUGUCAUGUAUCCUUUCUAUUACUGUAUGCGGAGAUAUGACGUAAACAUUUGGCCUUUUAUAAUAAUGGAACCUGUGAGGACUGUUCAUUUUAAAUUGAUUGUUCGGAGUAGAGAAUAAAAUGAGAUUGUUAUAGCCUACA